CCUCCACAAACUUUGUUCACGACAUAGGAUUCCAUGAUCCCGGAUAACAAGAUGAUCAAUUUACUUUGACGAACAAACGUAUGGGAUCAGUAUGUAUCCGUGAAAGACUGGAUAGAGCACUCUGCUCCCAAUCCUGGAACGAUCGAUAUCCGGAGACCCUUGUCAAACAUUUUACGGAUCAUGGAUCUGAUCACAGAGCUCUGCUCCUAUAAGAUAAGCCUUACAUCUGGCAUAGCCGACCCCUCUUCCCGAGGAAUCCUAUGUACUAGCUUUGGGAGAGGCUGAAAAAACUCCUUUAUUUGUUAUAUGAUUGGAGUAGAGCAGGUACGACUAAUUCUCUUUGCAAUAUCAAGUCUCUCCAAUAUGAAAUUGAUCAGGUGAAACUUGUGCACCCGAUUAAUUGGGAUGAGGUGAGGACAUUGGAGGCCGAGUUGAGUUGGUAGUGGGAAGUAGAGGAAAUCUAUUGGCAACAAAAGUUUUGGGUUUGUUGGCUUAUAAAGGGCGACAAGAAUACAUCAUACUUUCAUACAGUUACGAGGGCUCGCAGAAAACAGAAUUUUGUGUCUGCGUUGCGGAAUGAUAAUGGGGAAUAGAUCACUAAGGAGAGAGGGAAGGCUGAUAUUGCCAUUGAUUUUUAUCAAACUCUCUUCACUUCAGAGAAUCAUGUUCUGAACAUGGAAGCUAGGAUUGCAGACCUACCGAUAGACUGCAAAGUAACAUAUGAGAUGAAUGCUAGUCUAACUGCGGACGUCCUACCUAGUGAAAUUUGUCGAACAGUCUUCGCCAUGGGAUCAAAGCAAGCGCCUGGGUCUGAUGAGUUCACUGGAAAAAAUUUCAAGUCUUUUCGGGAUAUAGUUGGUGACUCUAUGACUGAAGCAGUUUGUUCUUUCUUUAGUAAGAGUAGGGUUGAUAAAUGGUUAGUCGGAUAUCGAUUAAAACCGAUAACUGAUAGACCGUUAAUUACACAUGUUUUUACCCCUAUUCUUGCACCGUUUGAGAUGUCGAUUCUCGCAUUUUAGGCUGAUUUAACGCUAGGUUGUUCUUGUUUGUGAUAUUUCAGGUCCUAGUACGUGAAUGAAGGUUUAGGAACGAGUUCAGGGUCGAUUGGACGAAGAUUGAACAUUCGGCGGGAGGCUGAUGGAGCCACACGGGCACGCCUAAAACCUACACGACCGUGUGUCCUGGCCGUGUGGCAUCAAAUUUCACGGCCAAAGUCACACGGGCCGUGUAGGGGACCCCCUGUGGCCGUGUGGAAAUUCCAGGGAACUCACACGGCCAUCCUGGAAUUCCACACGGCCGUGUGGGUCGUGGCCGUGCAGGAAGCAUGAGUUACUUAUCAAAACGCCGCGGUUUGCACAUCUCACACGGGAAGCUGGGGAUGUCACACGGCCAUGUGAGUCGUGAAUUUCUGAGUUUUUAACCCAAUUUGCAGCAAAGGAGAAGGGGUUCCGAGUUUUAGAGGGACAGAGUGAUUCCUAGAGAGAGAAAGUGACAAACCAGAGUUCCCAAGUGCCCUAGCUUGAUCUUCAUCACCAUUGGAGCUCGGCUAAGACUUGGAGAAGUGCCGAUUGAUGACCAGGAGCAGAAACCCAUCCUUUACAGCAUGAUUUCUGCAUCUGAGCUUGCUUUUGCUCCUCUCUCCAUGGAGUAACUCCCUCAUUCAUCUGGGUAUAGAGAACCCUAGAUUUGUAUGUUAGGUCUGAUUGUAUGAACCCAAGUAAAAAUUCUAUGAUUUGAUUAUAUUCAAUUGAGGUUUGAUUUAUUGAAUGGCAUGAAUCCUGAUCAAAUUUCUGUUGUUUGUGCUUUAACCUAGAAAGAGAAUAUCUGCCUAGAUUGAUAGAGCACCCUUGAUUGAAGGUGGUGAAUUGGCGACUUUAGUCGAGGAGCCAAUUUACUAUUAUGUACCGAAGUUACUUCGGUAGUGGGGGUUUUGUUUGUUAGGGCCUCAAUCUUUUUACUCCGGUGGAGGUUAGUCGCCCGUUGAAGACUCAGAUUGAGAGGGUCUGGAGACCUUUAGUCGAGACUUCAGACUGUUUAAGAACCUCCCGCAGUAUAACUAUCAUUAAAACUGAACUUGGUAAAUGAUGACUCGAUAUUUGCACAUGUUUUCCCUUUUGUUUCUUGAUCAUUUAAGCUUGCAUUAUCGCUUCUUUGGCCUAUUUUAUGCUAGGUUGUGUUCCUUUGUCACAUUUCAGGUCCUAGAACAUAAAGUGAAGCGUUGGCGCAAGUUUCAAGUCAAUCGGAGAUCAAUUGGCGACUCGGGGGAAAAAACUCGGGUAUGGCUUGAAGAAGAAUGGAUUUCUACCUCAGUUUGUGACCAUAUAAUCAUGUAAUCUUGUCAUGAGAAGAAAGAGGACGAGACUACGAGCGUCUGGGAUCAAACGACACCUGAUUUGGAGUGCGAACGAGGGAGAAACGAAGAAUCAAAGAUAGGGGACCCGGAACAGCAAAAUACCCGGCCAUGGGCAAAAAUACCCGACCGGGUAUUAUUUGGAGCAGACCGGGGAAAAUUGGUUUUGGGCUUCUCUGAGAAACAGAAGGGGGCCCUAUCAUGACGCUAAAAUCCCCGGUAGGGGAUUUUUGGCCUUGACCGGGGAUUUUCCCCUGUCCCCAACGGUGCAUUUUAAAGAUACCCGGUCUCCACCUAAAAUACCCGACCGGGUAUUAUGACCGGGGAUCGCGAACUCAGGCUGUUAAAAGCCUGUUUUGUGCGUUUUUGCAAGGGAGAGCUGGGUUUUGGAUCCUAAACACCCAAGGGACAAACCAAAGAAAGAGAGAGCGAUUUGAGGGCAUUCUAAGAGUGGAAUUGGAGGAUUUCUUCGCCUUGGAAGCUCGAGGAACAAGCCCGGACUUGAAGACUGAUCAUUUGAAGAUUCUUACUGCAGUCUCUCUCUUCUCUAUGGAGUAACUCCCCUUCACUUAGGUUUCGAGGAACCCUAGCUAUGUUUGUUUGAUUGGAUGAUUGUAUGAGUACUCAUACUUGAUAAUCUUGAGUUCAUAUUCAAUCUAUGCACGUUUUCAUGAUUCAAUUCUGCUUUAGUCGAGAUUAUUGAUUCUGCUUUGAUCCUAUGAGAGCGAAUACCUGAUUAGGUCAAUAGAGCACCAUAGAUUGAUAGUAUUGGAUCUAUUGCUUUAGUCGAGGGUCGAUUCAUUGCUUUGUAUCGAUUGAGAACCUCUUUCGAUAGAGGGAGUCUAGUUCAGAACGCCUUGAUCGGUUGUUCUAGAGAAGGAUACAUCCCUCUAGGCAAUUGACUCAAGAGGACCUUGGUCCUUUAGUCGAGACUCAAGGUCUAGUUAAGGAUUCUCCGCAUUGUGAAUGAAAGUGAAACAGGUUAGAGAUCAUCAAUCAUUAAUCUGGCUAGUGGCUAGGGGGAAUCAUACAUAAGUGAGUUCCCAACCUGUAAUUAGAUUAACUUUAACUAUAGUUUGAUAGAGUAGUUUUAGUUCUUUCAUCUUAAUCUGGUUUGCUAGAUAAUGAACUGAAGCUGAGUAAUAGUAACUCUAGAGACCAGUGGAUUCGAAAUUUAUUACUUGAGCCACUAUGUUGCAGUCCCUUUCAUUGGUUACACUUGGCCUUUGUUAGGAGUUGUGUCGUAGCGAGUCAAGUUUUUCGCUCCGUUGCCGGGGACUUUCUAGAGUAUUAGGAAAGGCAGAAGUUUGUUACUUUAGCAUUUUUCUUUUCUUUUCUUUUCCACCCUUGCUCUUCACUUGGGUGUUUUUGUUUUUGUUGGUGCAGAUCUGAAUCAUGGAUCCUCAUGGCUUCUCCAACAAUUGGGGGUAUCCACCACCACCCGAGUGGUAUUACCCCGAGACUCCCUGGAGCAAUCAAGGAGGAGAAGACUAUGGAUUCGGGUUCCAGUACCAACCCCCUUACUACGGAGAACAACCGUACCCCUGGGCAUAUCAAGAACAACCUCAUUACCAAGAAGAAUUUCUCCCACAACCAGAAGGGCCAUCGGCGCUGGAGUUACCCAUGGCGGCCUUCACGGGCCAUUCUGCAGAGCCAUGCUACACUCCACAGCCAGAUCCAAACUAUGGAUUGAGGCUUAUCAUGGAACAGUUUGCUCGAGACAGUGAGAGAACAUGCUCCAGGAUGGAUCAUUGUGUCCAGGCCUAUCAUGAAACAGAGGAGAUCCUCCUGAGCCUUAAGAAGAGCAUCGAUGAUCUUGAGCGAUCUUGUGCACAACCUUCUCCAGAUCACCCUUCUGCUACCAUACUAGAAGAGGAGGAGGAAGAAGAAGGCUACAAGGACAUAGUGGAGCACACUAAAGAUGUCACAGAGAGCUCCCAUGAUGAUCAUGAUCAGGAAUGUCCUUUCAAAGCCGACCACACCUUCCCACAUCCCAAACUGAGCUUUGAAGAGGCGGGCAUGAGUGAGGAAAUGCAAGAAGAUCUCAUGAAAGAAAUUGCUUGGCAGCUUGCUCUCCAAUCCGUGCUAGAAGAAGAAGAGCAAGAAAGGGUGCGGAAAGAAGUUGUGGAGGAUGACGAAAGUGAAGCAGAAAGAGUUCUUGAUCAUUUCCCAGGGGUGAUACCACAUGAAGAAGAAAGGGAGGUUGAAGAAGCAAUUGGUGUCCAGGCUGAGGACGGAGUUAAAGUGGAAGAGGCCUGCACCGGCCAUGAGUUACAUGUGAUAUCUCCACCAGACUUCGAGGAACUGCUUAGCAAGGACCCAUUUGCAGUGUCUCUUUGCCAGACCAAGGCCAUAUCAACAUCGGUCCCUCUUGUUGGACGCGAUGGUGGCCAAUCGAUGCUGUCAUAUCUGGUUCGGGGCAAUGAGACGAGAGAAGAAAGGAAGAGGUCUCGAGGGUGGAGACUUCAUCUGCAUCAAGUGCACGAGCUUCCAUCACCUGUCAUACCACAUGCUCGUGACUUGAGACUCCACCUCAUUGACGAGAACCUCAACUUCAAGGAGGUUUUGGGGUGGACCGAAACUUAGGAGCCAUCGUCCGGCUCACGACGUGAAAGAAGUGCUUGUUGGGAGGCAACCCAACCAGUCGGUUUGCAUUUCUUUCCCUAUUUCUCUUCGAUUGAGUCAAUUUUUUUUAUUUGAUUUUAGAGUCAAUAACUCCACCUUUGUGAG